AUGCUCGAGUCCGCAGCGACUUCCUUCGCCUCGAUAGUCGUCCUCGCCGCCGGCUUCGCAAUAGCAGGCUACGCCUACCACAAGACGUACAAGCGCAUCGUCCUGAAGAAGAUGACGCGCGCCUUCACCCCCGGUGACCCCGUCCUCGAGCUCGCCGCCAUCGGCAAGGAGGUGCCGCAGACGUCCGCCGAGGCUGACGACCGCUGGGUGCAGCGGCCGGAGCAGUCGCGUAUCGACAGGAUCGUAGACGGUUCCGAGGUCGGCCAUUACUUUUUGAUCCUGGGCGAGAAGGGCACGGGCAAGAGCAGCAUGCUGAUCGAGGCCAUGCGCAAGAUUGACGGCGACGGCGUCGCCAUGUUCGAGGCCCACGCAGACCUGGAGAUUGUGCGCAUCCGUCUCGGCAAGGCCCUCGACUUCGAGUUCCAUGAGGACUACAUCGGCGGCUACUUCAGCGAGCGCGGACCCCGCGACACCACGGCCCUACUCGACAUCGAACGCGCCCUCAACAAGCUCGAGAAGGUGGCCAUUGUCAACCGCGCCACGCGCAAGAAGCCGCUGGUGGUCAUCAUCAACCAGAUGCACCUGAUCCGCGACGACGACGACGGCAAGGACCUCAUCGAGCUUCUCCAGCAGCGCGCCGAGCAGUGGGCGGCCUCGAACCUCGUGACCAUGGUCUUCAACACGGACGACUACUGGGUGUACGAGCGGUUCAAGCAGCUAGCCACGAGGAUGGAGGUCAUGUCGGUACGCGACCUGCCCAAGCGUCAGGCCAUCGCGGCGCUCGCCAAGUACCGCGUCAAGUACUUCAACGAGAAGCCGAGCCAGACGAAGCUGGAGGAGGUGUACGACCUCGUCGGCGGCAGGCUGUCGUUCCUGAACCGCGCCGCCAAGAGUCGUGAUAUGAUUGCUACGUGCAAGGCCAUCUGCCAAGUCGAGAAGACGUGGUUCCUCAACCAGUGCUGGAUCCUCGGGUCCGAGAUGGACGACGACGUGAUGGACCAGCAGAAGUGGGCGGCUGCCGCCAUGGUUCUCGCGCAGGCGCUCGUAGACAGCGAAGAGGACAUGGAGCUCUGGGACGAAGUCAAGGGCCACGUGCUGCCCUCGUUCCCGAUGCACAAGGCGCAGGAGAUCAUGACGCGGGCCGACUUCAUCCGCAACAUGGACCGGCUCAACCUCUUCACGAUUUCCGCCGACGCCGAGGUGCGCGCCUCGUCGGUGCCCAUGCACCGCGCCUUUCAGGAGAUUUGUGCCGAGAAGGGCUUCAGGGAGCACCUGGAGAAGACGAUCCAGCGUAUCGCCGACAUCGAGUCGCUCGGCCGCACGCGCGAGUUGGUGGCCAAGGAUCUCGUCCUGGGCGGCAAGUACGAGAUCCUCCGCGAGGGCAGGAACGGGGUUACGGUCAAGCUUGUCGGGGAUGAGGACGAUGACUAG